CAACAGUGCAUGACUUUUUUUCCCCUUUGUAUUUUCCCUUUUCCCUACAAUUUCGCGGUUUCUAUUUUUGUUUUAUUUACUUUUAUGAUGUAAUUUGAAUGCGCGCGCUUACUUUGAUUGUGUCAACGGGUCUUUAUACGUGGAGACAUAAGUCUAUAUAUUUCAAACAAUCAUUUUGCUCAUGGGUUGAAUGUGGGUGUGUAGGCAAAAGCAACUACUUAAAUUACAAAAACUGAUGUCCCGAACUAUUUAAAAAAUCUUGCCAUGAUGGUUUUAAACAGAUUUAUCAAAUUUAAAACUAAGAUAGUUUGUUGUAAAAUUAUAAUUUUGAUAUAAUGCAAAGACGUUAAAAUUAUGUAGUGAUGUUACGCAUUCUUAAACUUGGUUCAUUACAAUUUGUUGAUUAAAAUAUUUUUCUUAAGUACUUAUUACAUUACAUACCAUUCGUAGUUUGAAAAGAGAUACAAUACAAAUAUAAAAUGAGUAAUGCGGUGGAUACAGACAAUAUGAAAGAAUGUCCAACUUUAUUAGUGAACUCUUGUCAUCUUUUAAUAAAUCAUGAUUUGAAUACAUUAAAUGAAAACCAAAACCACGUUUUCCAAAGAACUUUUAAAGUUGUAUAUUUAGGCUAUGCAGUACUGGACAGAAGAUAUACUCAACCAAUGUUACCCUGGCUAAUUGCUGAAAUUAAAAGGCAUGGGUUAGGUAAUGAAGAAGAAAUAUUUAUUGAAAUUACACAACUAUCUUUAAAAGCUGUUAGAUGUGAGGAUGAACAUAUUGUAUUUGAACAUAAAUUGCAAUCAGUUUCUAAGUUUUCACAGUCUACUCUUGAUUCUUCAUGUUUUACUUAUAUGACCAAAGAAGUGGCUGGUGGACCAUCAGCAUAUCAUGUCUUUCAAGCUCCCAAUGAAAAUUCAGUACUUGAACUUUUUAAAACUGUUAGAGAAGUUAGUAAAGAGUUGUCCAGUCACAAUAAUUUGUCUGCUCAAGCCAUGAAAACUGCUAGUGGUGUCACUUUGGAUAGAGUUGUUUGUAAUUCUCGUCAGUAUGAGGUGUUAUAUGUUGGAAGAAUCAAAGUAUCUGGUAAAAGAGCCCACCCUAAUUUUAUUGAUGAAGCUGUAGAAAAAUUUCGGCUCUUUGAACUUGAAAAAAGCUACAAAAAUAAACAUUCUGAAAAGGUUACAAGCAAUUUAUUUCUCAGGUUGAGUAAAAGUUCUGGCAAAAAUGAAGUUGAGAAAAAAAUCAGUAAAGAAGACUUCAAUUUUAGUAAUGGAGGUAAUAAUGAUCUCCUAAUCUCGCCAAUUAAUGACAUUUGUAAGUUAGAUGUUGGAUUUUCAAAUCUGAACCAAUAUUCCCUGAGUAGCAGUCAAAGUAUGGAUCUAUCUUCUAUUAAGUCAUCUCUUCAUGUUCCUGGAUCUUCACUUAUCACUCAUACUCAAAGUCUAGAUACUCCAGGUUGUGUAAACAUUAUUCAUGAUCUUAGAGACAGUAAUCCUAGUGUUGUACUGAGAGAUCGAGUGCGAUCUUGUAGUGGAGAUUUUCCUAGUACAAAGCAAACACCACUUUUUGUUUUUAAUCGAUCUGAAAAAGAUGACGUUCGCCGACCUCGAGCUUAUACUAGUCCUUCUCCUAAUGAGUCUCGACAAACCAACAGAACAAUGUUGUUUCUAAUUGGUCGAAUGGAAAUUUGUUUAAUUGGAACAGAUAAGAAACAGAUGCUUUUGAAUAAAACAUUCAGUGACAUUUCUCAUUGUUCACAAGGUCUUCGUUAUUUAGACCAUUUUGGCUUCAUCUGCAGAGAAACAACUUUAACUGGUGCUGACUGUUACUGUGGCUAUAUUUUUCGUUGUCAAACUGGAAAAGUGGUUGAUGAGAUGAUGCAGACUUUGAAACAAGCUUUCAGUCAAGCUCAUUCAUGUUAUCAAAAGCAGCCAACUAGAACACCUCAAGUACUUAAAGUUUUUACCUGUGAUGCAUGUCCUAUGCAUUGGUUUCACAAGCUUUGUUGUGAUUUGGAAGGGAUGCCAUCAGAAGAAGCUCAUCUUAUUAUUUUAGAAAAACUAGGAACUUUACCUGAUAAUGUAAAGGAAGAAAUAAUAAUGAAGUUUCAGAAAAUGACUUAUGAAGAUGUUCAAGAACAAAAUGAAGUUCUAGUUAUGCUUUUGAGAGAAAUGGCUGAACAGAAACAAUUAGUUCACUCUCAUGUAUCAAAUACUUUAAAAAAUGAACCAACUCUACUUAAAGAAAAAAGCACAAAAUUAGAUUCUUUGCGGGAAAAGGCAAGAAAAUCCUUAUCCAGUUCUCUUGAAACAUUUUUAAAGCUUACUAGCAGAGAUGAGAGCAAAGACUUUUCUCUUUUUAACAAUCAACCAGCUGUGGAUCACCGUCACUUAUCAUACAAAGAUUAUGAUACUCAAUCUUACAGAGAAGGUAGUUUUGACAGUGAUCAAAUAUCUUCUGAACAAUUAACUCCAGUUUCAUCUCGUCCUCGUAGUUCCACUUUUACUUCCUCAAGAGAAAUGCAUCAUUCAGGAAAGAAACAUUUAAGAUUUGAAGCUGAUGAAGCUAAUCCACCAAUAAUAAAUAUGUUUCUUAAAUCCAACAACCAAUCACCUCUUCAAAUGAAUGCAACUCCUAUAGGCUCAUGGAGGCAAGCUAUAUUUCAUAGAGUUCAGAGUCCAGGGCAUGAUCAAGAUCUCGGUCAUGUCUUGGAUAAUACAGCUCAAAGUUCUGAAAAUAGAACUAAAAGAACCAAAGAAGAAUUGCGGGCAUUAUGGAAAAAAGCUAUAUUUGAACAAAUUCUGUUGAUAAGAAUGGAAAAAGAAAACAGGAAACUUCAAGUUAACCAAGAUGCAGUUAGUCAUAAAAGAAUGAAACUGAACUAUGAAGAAGUUACACCAUGCAUUAAAUCUGCUUCAGACAAUUGGGAGAAGCUUUUGUGUAAUCAAAUAAGUCAAGAAAAUAAAAUGGACAAAGAUAAACUGAUUGAAAUUGUUAAAGCAGGUAUUCCAAAAAGUAAAAGAGGUGAAAUCUGGCAAUACUUAGCUCAAAAUCAUAUAAAUUUUUGGUCUUAUUCUAAAAAUAAUGAUGAGGAAAUUCCAUACGAAGAGCUUCUUAAACAGCUGACUUCUCACCAACAUUCAAUUCUGAUAGAUAUUGGAAGAACAUUUCCAAACCAUCCAUUUUUUUCACAAACAUUAGGAGCAGGACAAUUAUCUUUAUUUAACCUUUUGAAAGCGUAUUCACUGCUCGAUAAAGAAGUUGGUUAUUGUCAAGGACUUAGUUUUGUAGCAGGAAUACUUCUUUUGCAUAUGCCAGAAGAUCAAGCUUUUUCCAUGAUGAAGUAUCUUAUGUUUGACUUAGGCUUAAGAAGGCAGUAUAAAACUGAUAUGGUAGCUUUUCAAAUACAAAUGUAUCAGUUGUCACGGUUAAUUCAUGACAGUUAUCGUGAUCUUUAUGACCAUCUUGAGAAAUUGGAUAUCUCACCCACAUUAUAUGCUGCCCCAUGGUUUCUGACAUUGUUUGCCUCGCAGUUUCCCUUUGGUUUUGUUGCCCGACUCUUUGACCUUAUAUUUUUAUAUGGAAUCGAAGUUGUCUUCAAAAUUUCACUCUUGUUAAUGGGAAAUUAUAAAGAUUACAUUAUGUCAUGUGACAGUUUUGAAUCUUGUAUGAAUUUUCUUAAAUCUUCUUUGCCAUCUGUGGAUACUCUACAAAUGGAGAUUAUUUUUUCUCAGGUUUUUAACUUGGACAUUAGUCGCCAGCUUCAUGCAUAUGAAGUUGAAUACCAUGUUCUUGUGGAAGAAAUGGUUCAGACACAGUUCAACAACAGUGCUGAGUUGCAAAAUGUUAGGUCAACAAAUAAAGCUCUUAAGGCUCAAAAUAUGGAGUUGAUGGAACAACUGCAGGUUGCGUACUCACGCAUGCAUAAUUUGGAAGCAUCACGUGCAAGUUUAAAAAGUACAUGCUCACGCCUGGAAAUGCGUGUGAGUGCACUAGAAGAUGAAAAGGAAGUUUUAAUGCACAGCAUGAGAGUAAUGAAAAACAAGCUUGAAAAACUAGAGGUUGCAAGGAUUGGAAUACCUGAAAAUGAAGAACAUCCUCCUCCUUUUGCAGUAGUUUAUGCCCUUGCUGGAUCAGAACGAGAAGAGGAUGAAAAAUUCCAAUCUUUUAUUAAGAGCUUUUGCCAGAAUAAAGAUAGAGAGACUAAAGGUGUGGAGUCAAGAGGCAACAAAAUCCAAGAUGACAUUGUAGAAGAAGAUGUUUUUGAGGACAAUUUGGAUUCAAAAUAAAUAUAGUACAAAUAUACAUUCUAUGAGCUUAAAAAAGUGAGAUUUAAUGGUGCAUUCAAAAAAAAUUUUCUCUUUAAGUUUAGGGUUAUCCCUAUUGUUAUAUUUAUGAUACUAAUACUUGUUGAUGAUUAAAAAUAUUGUAUUUAAAAAUCCUACCUUUGUUAAUAAAUGAUGAAACAUAUA